GAGGAGGUGCGGAAGCUAAAGUGGUAAACAUUUCCUCCUUUCUCAGUGUGAAGAUUCAAAACUAUGCAUGCUGGGCCUACUUCGUGAAGGCAGCACAAGACCCACCACCUUGACUACUUGUCAAAAAGUUAGUGCCAAAUGGCCUGUCCCAGAUUGUGGGCCCUGUGGCUUCUCUGUCAGCUCAAGGGACCAGAAGCCUCGAGAGGAGACCCAGGCCCCCAGAAGGUAAUUGGAACUCUGGGGGAGUCGGUCACUUUCCUCCUGGAAAUUCCAAGGGGAGAGACACUCGAGGAUAUUACCUGGAGCAAACAAGGUACUAUUACUAUAGUAACUCCAGGGGAAGAAAUAAGAGUGAUUGAGAAAAAAUACAGAGGCCGAGUGAAUGUAACCAGCAGCAACUAUUCCCUACAAAUCAACAAACUGAGAAUAGAGGAUGCAGGAGUCUACAGAGCCCAGAUAAACAUAAAAAACUCAAAUAUUACCACCACCAAGGAAUAUAGCCUUCAAGUCUACGAGCAGCUGACAGAACCCCAAAUCAGAAUGAAUUCCACUGUGUCUGAGGAUGGCCAUUGCAUUGUCUUCCUGAUAUGCUCUGUGAGUGCUGGAAGAAAAGAUGUGACAUAUAGCUGGUCACCCUUGGGUCCAAAUGCUACUACAUUCCAUGGAGGAUCUGUCAUCCAAAUCUCCUGGCCAUCCUGUAAUGCUGCUUGGACCUACACAUGCACAGCCAGGAAUCCUGUAAGCCAUAAGAGCUCCCAAGUCACCCCUUCUUGGGAUUUCUGUUCAGGUACCAACUCUUUCAUUUGUCUUUGGGCCAGGAACCUCAGAAGGGAACUCAGUUCCCACAAUAGUGAUUGGGACCUGGGGGGCCUGAUCACUUUCCCACUGGAGAUUCCAUCAGGAGUUGAGAGUGUUGUCUGGAUUUCAAAUAAUUCUCUUAUCAAGACAGAACCAGGAGAAAUGGGAAAGCUGAACAGAGUCAAGACCCAGAGACAUGACAGAGGCAGAGACCCUGCCCAGGACUUCUCCUUCCAAAUUCCUAAUGUACAAAUGGAGAACCAAGGACUCUACAUAGCCUAUGUAUGCACCAACUCCUCCACAGUCCCAAUAACACACCAGUAUUCCCUGCAAGUCUAUGAGCAGCUAAAGAAAGUUAAUGGUACAAUGAACUCGAGGACCAAUAAGAACCAAACCUGUACCAUCACAAUGACCUGUCAAGUGCAGGGCAACAGUUAUGGAGACAAUGUGACAUACAGUUGGACACCCCUAGGGGAAAAAGUCCUUGUGUCCCAUAAAGGGUCUGUCCUCAGUGUUUCUUUGAGACCUGGGUACCAUAAAGUGAACUACACCUGUACAGCCAGAAAUCCAGUCAGCAACAGCUCUCACUCCUUCCCAGCUUGGCAGCUCUGCCCAGAGUCUAGGAAAAACAGAAAAGCCUGGUUAGCACUGCUUGGGCUUCUUGGACUGGCAGUCCCCUGUUGGUAUGUUUGGAAAAAGAAGAGACAUGGUCAGUACCUAGAUUGUUGCUCUACCCAAACCCAGAGCCAGACUCCUGAACAGUUAUCAGAGUACAAGAAGUUGGAGCCUGUCCUUGAAGGGAGUUCUAGGAGAGAAGGUAGCCUGGACAGUGAUACAACCUCAGAAGAUGACAUGAUACUCAAGCCUAUUUGUGAAAGUACUGUGAAACAUGACCCUAUCAGAGAUGAAGAUGAUGUGUAUGACUCUGUCUGUGAUGAGGAAGAAAUAUAUGACCCUGUUACUCCAGAGGAAAUGUUGUAUGUCCUAGUCAAUGAGGGAGAGACCCCAAAUCCUCAGAAGCACAAGAGUCCAGAUACAAUUUACUGCCUGGUGAAGAAACCCCAAACGGUGAGAUCACUAAAAAGUGACACUGAGUCUCCAGAGGCCUCUCUCUAUGAAAAUUUCACCUCAACAGGAGAGUCACUGCCUACCCCAUCUUCUGACUGUGGAUAACAAAGAGAAAGCAGGGCCUUAUUGGAAUAUGGAUGAUUCGAGGAUGAAUAUCUCUGCACAUGGGAAGAUUCUGGCAUUUCCCUACAUUACUCUACACAUAUUCUGAGUUCUCUCACUUUUGCUCUCAGAGCAAACAGUGUCUGGGCCAAGAUACUGGUCUGAAGGGUAGACAGAGAGACUCAGGUUCUUUUUAAUUGAUCCCUUAGAAUUUUCUCUAAUGACAGGCUGGGAUUGUGAAUUUUAUCUCCACAGUAAGAUGUUCCCCAUGCCUGGAAUCUCUUCUUUCCUCUACCUUCUUGUUUUCUCUUUUCCUUCAGACAAUUCUGAUUCUCCUUUCUGCAAUAGGCCUUUCCCAACACUCCCCAUCCCUUUCUUCUGAAAUAAACUAUAAAUUACUCUCUGUCUCUCUCUCUCUAUAUAUAUAUAUAGAUAGAUAGAUAGAUAGAUAGUACAUAUACACAUAG